CCAACAUGCACCACAGCAGCAGCCUGACUCAGUUUGACCUGAAUGGAACACGACCUUAAUCAGUAUCAUUGGUCACACCUGAGUUGACCCUAUUGUCUGUUAAAAAGUUCUUUUAGGUAAAUAUGUGUAUUGUGUAAUUAGUAAAAUUAUUAGUUAUAUAGCCUACACCUCCGUUAAUAAACAAUUAAGUCAUAACUUCUACAGUUGGUUUGAAAUGUUAAAUUUAGAUACACAAUGCAGCACUGGGAUUAUUUCCUUCAAACACUGAUCAAAACAACCCUCCUCUCCCCUGUCGAGUCCCUAUCACUCAGCAAUAAUUUGCCCUCACCUGCCUCCCUGUGCCCUGUUUUUGACAUCAUACUGUGGAUCCCACUUCCUGGCGAAGGGCCAGAGCAGGGGGGAAAAAAAACAAAUACGGUGGAUGGACUGGGAUGCUGACAGACGUGACUAAGGCUUCAUGUGAAUGAUUGCUUUUAUACCAGGCUGCGUGUGAACCGGGGAACUGGACUGGACUGUGGUGUUUCGUGGAGGAGGUGGGAGAGGAGGUGGAGGAGCGAGAAGGAGAACUGAGGGGCAAGCUGGACAGAUGGAGGACGGCACCCAACACCUGGGACACUGCACGGUUGACAUGAAGGAGCUGAGUGCCAUCCCUGAAGGACUGACCGCUGCCGGUGUUAUUCUAACACCCAAGCUGCCUCAAGUGGAGUUCAGCCUUGCCUGUAAUGAUCUGGUGGCCUCAGGCAGAGACAGGAAGCCCAAUGCUUUGGUCCAGGUGGCUGUCAUAGAUCCCCACAAGCAGCACCUCGUCUCUCAUACCUGUACAGAGAUAGUGGAGGCGAACAAAGACCCGCUGUUUCUGACGGGGGUGACCUUCCCUUCAGAGUAUCCUGCUAGCCCGGAGACACUAGUCAAGCUGACUGUGUAUGAUGCAAAGGAUAAGAGCCAGGAAUCGAGCAGCUUCCUGGGUUGUGCCACAUUUUCAGUAGGGGAUCUGCUGAGGGCUAAAGAUGAACGCCUGACCUUGAGUCUCAGGUCGUCUGAUGGUGUGUGCGCAGCAGGAACAGUGGUGGUGAGUCGUCUGAAGAUGGGGGAGAUGGAGGAAGUUGACGUAGACCACAUCACCACCGACAUAUCAUCACAUAAGUGUCCCGUGGUUUGUGAGUCUGCGUCCCAUGCCUGCAUCGACAGAGAAAAUAACCCACUGACAGGGCCAGUGUUCAAGAACCCAGUAUGCAAGGUGUACAGAUUUCAAACAGUGGACAGCAAGUGGAUGCUGGUGCGGGAACAAAUGGAGGAGUGCACCUUGUCCUUUGGCAUCCCCAAACAGCUGCUCUCGCUGUAUAUUCAGGAGGACAUGAGCAGGGUGCAGGACCUGAGGGACCUGGGCGAUCUGUCUCCUCACUGGGACAACUUGAGAAAAGAGGUGAUGAACCGAUAUGGAGCAAUCAUCAGCUCCUACCAGGAGACUUUGGCUGAACUGGACAAGAUUACAGGUCGUUCAUUUAAGCCAAGCUGCUGCAAAGCCCAGAAAUCUCUGGAGUUCAUCCCAAUAAACUUGCACACCCAGAGGAUGAGGGUGACAUGCCCCAGAAAAACAGAUGCGUUCUAUGACAUUGUCACAGUUGGUGCCCCUGCAGCCCACUUCCAGGGCUUCAAGUGUGGUGGUCUGCAGCGUCUCCUUAGCAGAUAUGAAGCAGAGAAAAAGAGCUUCAGCACUGCCUACCAGUGUAUCUACUACUCUCCAGAGCACACAGCCAAAGCUCAGGAGGUACUCAGCACCAUGAGUCUCCUCCAGCCCCUCAUCACAAGCUUAGCAGACCAGCUCCUCCAGGCUGCCCAGGAGCACUCUUCCCCUGGAGUGAGGGAUGCACUCAAGAACCUUUCUGACAAGACAGAACAAUUUGUUCACACGCUUAAGGAUGAAUUGGUCAAGAGUGCACUACUAGCACUGCACGCAGCACGGCCUGGGUAUGUUUCCAAGACCCAGAGGCAAACCCCGGUGCAGGGAGGCCAAAAUCAAGGCCACAUCCAUCAAGGCAGUGACCAGAAUCAGAGCCCAGUCCAGGGACUUCCAGGCCACAGCCCAACUACAUCGGUCACUGAGAGCCCAGCAAUGUGUAAUAAUGUGGAAGGAUCACAAACCACGACUAAAGGAGAAGGUGGGACUUUGCCGCCAAAGCACCAAGACUCCAUACCACACCAUAAAGAGUACGACGAGGAGGAGUGGGACAGGGUGUGGGCCAACGUGGCCAAAUGUCUCAACUGUGUGAUCGCCAUGGUGGAUAAACUCCAGGAGGAAGACAACAGCAAGCAGGCGCCUGCCCCUGAGCAUCAGCUAGCUGAUGUCAUCACCUCACACAACCCCGGCGACUGGAAGGAGCAGCUGCGUCCUCCAGUGACCAGGUUAAAGGAGUGUGUGAUGGAGGUGGUUGAGAAGGCAAAGAGAGCCAUGACCUUUGUGCUCCUGCAGGAGGCAGCCUGCAGUAUUCCACAGGGCCUGUUCCUCCAACAGAGGCGAGACGUGGUCUUCAGUCAGGCACUGGCAGCCUUAGCCUGUGGCUUUGUCAUGAGGCUGUAUGCAGGAAUGCAGGACAAAAGCUUCCUGAGGCAGCUCCACUUGGUUGGCCUCGUGGCCCAGUUUGAGAGCCUUCUCAGCACCUACAGUGAGGAAAUCGGGAUGCUGGAGGACAUGGAGGUUGGAAUCUCAGACCUGCAGAGAGUCGUGUUCCAGAUCACAGAGGCCAAGACCGAUGACCUCAGCGACCUCCAGCCUUUAGUGUGUGGUCGACGAGACCACUUCACUGUAGAAGUGCCAUUACCACGACUGGUUUUCCAGACUUUGCCAGAGGAGAUCAAGGAGGGCAAGCCUCUACGAGUAUUCCCGGUGCUGUUUAACGUGGGCAUCAAUGAACAGCAAACUAUAGCUGAGAGGUUUGGCGAUAUCUCACUACAAGAAAGAAUAAACCAGAAGAACUUUGAGAUGUUAGAAGCCUAUUACAAAUCAUUAAGUGAAAAGGUGCCACUAGAAUGUCUACCGUGUUUUCACACACAGACUGACAUAAAGGAAUUACUUGAAUCCCUGGGCCAGAAUGUAGUUACAAAGAAGAGAAAGAAUGUGGAAAUACUAUGGAUUGCUGGAACGAUCUGCCGAAGGUUAAAUGGCAUCAGGUUUACCAGCUGUAAAAGUGCCAAAGACCGGACGUCCAUGUCUGUCACAUUAGAGCAGUGUUCCCUCCUACGUGAUGAACACCAGCUCAGCAAGGAUUUCUUCAUCCGUGCACUGGACUGUAUGCGGAGAGAAGGAUGUCGGAUUGAGAACGUUCAAAAGAAUAUUAGAUGCAGGAAAUAUGCCUUCAACAUGUUGCAGCUGAUGGCCUUUCCCAAAUGCUACCGACCACCAGAGGGGACAUACGGCAAAGUUGACUCUUGAGGAUGUAAGCCAUGUACUGUAAAACCAGUCAUUGUGUGUGUUACCCAUUUAGUAAAUAUGAAAGCUUCUAAAUAAUAGUCCAAAUGUUUUAUUUUUAUUGUUUGUAACUAAAAAUGUUUGCUGUGCAUUGAAUCCAAAGCUGGAUUUUCCAAACAUUAUUAUGUUAAUUGUAAAGUUAAUGCACUUUCCACUUGUUUAUUUUUUUAAUGACCUAAGCAGUGAUGAACAGUACAACUGUGUCGGCAAACCAUGGUCUGUACAUAAUGUGUGUGUGUGUGUGUGUGUGUGUGUGUGUGUGUGUGUGUGUGUGUGUGUGUGUGUGUGUGUGUGUGUGACUGUACAGUAUGUUAAUGAUCUUUUUUAAGACAUCGAGCAGUUCAGUCUGCGUCUGUUUGCAUGAAGAAUUCCUCUCUUACAAAAAUUACAUUUAACUUAACUCAAAGGUCCACUUACUCAUUUUUUUGACUUCAGCUCUGUUUGCUGACUGUACAGAUGUACAGUACCAGUCAAAAGUUUGGACACGCCUCUUCAUUCAGUGUUUUUUCUUUAAUUGUGUUACUUACUAUAUUGUAGAUUAAUAUUAAAGACAUCAAAAGUAUGAAGGAACACGUAUCAAAUCAUGUAGUAAACAAAAAAAGUGUAUGAAUAUGUUUUAUAUUUUAGAUUCUUCAAAGUAGAUGACUCUUCUCUCAAUCACCUCAUUAGAUAAUCACCUGGAAAGCUUUUUAAUUACCAAGUGUGCCUUCUCAAAAGUUAAUUAAUCUAAUUCAUUACCUUCGUAAUGCGUUUGAGUCCAUCAGAGGUAUUGUUGGCAUACAGUGAAUAGCUCUAUUUGAGAACAGUUGUAAUAGUAGCCAUGAACUGCUCAACUAAGAAAAGAGAAACAACAGUUCAUCAUUUCUAUAAGACGUGAAGGUCAAUCCAGAAAAUUUCAAGAACUUUAAAUGUGUCUUGAUGUAAAACCACAAAACUCUAUGAUGAAACUGGCUCUCAUGACAGCUCCCCAGGAAAGAAAGACCUAAAGUUUACAAGUCAACAUAGCUUUCAUAAAUGUUUGUGUGGCUCAGGAGGUAGAGCAGGUCGUCCACUAAUCAGAUGAUCGGUGGUGUCCUUGGGUAAGAUGCUGGACCCCAAAUUGCUCCCUGUAAGUCGAUUUGGAUAAAAAGCGUCAGCUAAAUGUAAUGUAACGUUUGUAUGUAGGAGGUAAUAAAAAUGAAGAAAAAACAUUUAAUGAGAAGGUGUGUCCAAACUUUUAAAUGGUACUGUAGUUCAAAGGUCAAGAAUGAGCCGCUAUACUACAGUAACUUUAGUGGUAAAAGUACUUCUCCCUACAGUGAACUGUUUAAAGCCUCAUUCCAUGUUUGGAUGUGCUGGAGGUAUCAUAUCAUAUCCUAAUAUUUUAAAACAGAUGUUAAAUCCUAUCUGUAACUCACCCCAUUCUUAGCGGUUACAUCCAAGCUUUUUCCAUAUUUUUAUCUCUGAAGGUACAAGGACAGUGAAACCACAUGAAUUACAGGUGGAAGUUAGGAUAGGAUGAGGAUUUUGAAUGCUAUAUAACAAAUUCCAUUAUUUAUUUUUAUAUUCUCAAAUGAUUUUAUAUUCUGAGGGUUGAUACCUUGGGUGUCAAUGCAUGUUUGUAUUUGUUGUGUUAUAAAUUGGACACAAUUGGGUAUUUGAAAUAAAUAAAAGAAUGGUAAACUACA